CUAUCAAAAUGUUUCCGAUUUUCUUUCUCUGGACUUUUGUGAGCUCGGGUUUAGCUGCUAUUCCUUCGAUGUCUACAGUUUGUUCUACAAAGCCAGCAAACAUUGUGUUUUUACUUGAUGCUUCGGGAUCUGUGGGUUCAACAAACUUUUUAAAGCAGCUGGACUUCGUGAAGAAACUUUCCAACAUGUUUGAAAUAGGACCCAGUGAUGUCCUUGUUGGAGUUGAAACUUUUUCUACAACUUUUCAUCAUCAAUUUUUCAUGAAUAAAUAUACGACGAAAACAACACUGCUCCAUGCUAUUGACAAAAUACCAUACCAAGCGGGAGGCACUCAUACUGAUUUAGCUUUGGCAAAUGUUAUGGCGCAUGAUUUUAAACCAACAUCCGGGGCCAGAGAACACGUGAUUAACAUUCUUAUCGUAAUGACCGACGGAAUGUCAAAUGAUGCAAAGGCUACCAUCUUGCAAGCCCAGAAACUUCAUCGAAUGAAUAUUGAAACCUUUGCCAUUGGUAUUGGUGGUGGAGUGAAUAUGGCUGAAUUAAAACACAUUGCUUCAGACCCCCAAAAGGUCUUUACAGUCACUAAUUUUGAUGCCUUGAAAACACUGGAAUUUGAAAUCUUGGAAAUGGCUUGUGAAGUGUUAGACAGUAAGAAGACACCAGCUGUUUAUCUCAAGGACCUCGUACAUUGGAUAGAAUACAUGGAAAUCUCCCUUCUUGCUCUAAGUGCUCUGACUAUCAUAGGAUUUCUGGGUUGCUGCUGUCAAUUUUGUUUUCUUUUUGGAAAACGCAGCGAAGAAGACGAAGAAGAGGAUAAAGAGCAUAAAGAAGUCUAGAAGCAGACCUGAAAAUUAUCAUCCUUCUAGGCAAAACU